AUGAAGGAACUAUGUCGCGUUUGCCUUGGAUCCUCCAAAAACAUGGUCAAAAUUUUCCAAGGAACAGGAAGGCAAAAUUCUGGGACUUCUAUAGCUUAUAUGAUAUCGGAAGUCACCUGUUUUAAGGUUGAAAAAGGGGACUCAUUUUCGGAAUCCAUUUGCACAACAUGCCUAGAGGAUGCCCAAAAUGCAUUUGAUAUUAUAAAAACCUACGAGCGCAGCUACAGGACGUUUUGUGAAGUGAAGGACGCGGUCCUGGAGGACGAAUUACUGGAGGAUGACGUCAAGCAAAUAAUACCAAGUGAUGGAUCGAGCUGUGUUGAGGUAACACAGAAGAUCAUCAAGAAAAAGAAAGAUAAGAGGGUAGAGAGUAGACCCUUUAAAUCCGAAGAAGACUCCAAUGACAAGGAUUAUGUACACUCAAAGAAGUCUCACGAUUGUUCCCAGUGCAACAGGUCUUUUAUCUCCCCAUCACUUCUCAAGCGGCACAUCCGGCGCUUCCACAAUGACGAACGACCAUUCAAGUGUAGUCACUGUCCAAAGUCCUUUGGGGACAAACACACUUUGAAGAUUCACAUCAGGUCGCACACGGGCGAAAAGCCCUACAAGUGUUCCCGCUGCCCGAUGGCAUUUACGAAACAUUCCGGAUUGCAGAAGCACUUCAGCCAUCACACUGGAAAUCUUCCGCACAAGUGCUCCCUCUGCCCGAAGGCCUUCUACGAUCGAUGUAGUCUUAGCCAGCAUAUUGCAACUCACUCGGAAGAGCGGCCCUUUAAAUGCGAUCAAUGCGAAAGGUCCUAUCCAAAUGAGAGUUUCCUGAGGAGGCAUAUGAAGACACACACGUCUGAACGUCCUUUCAAAUGUUCGCACUGCCCGAAAACCUUCAAGAGCAAGUUCAAUCUUGACCAGCACAAUAUGAGUCACACGGGCGAACGUCCGUUUCAAUGCAAGCAAUGCGAAAAGUCCUUUAAAGCUGUCACUACCCUGAGCAGACAUAUUAUGACACACACGGGCGAACGACCCCACAAAUGUUCCUUCUGCCACUCUGCUUUUUCGGAUAAAUCGGCCCUAAAAAUACACACCCGGAUUCACACGGACGAAAGACCCUUUAAAUGUGAUCAUUGCGAUAGAUCUUUUUCGAGUUCUUCGGAUUGUAAUAGGCAUAUCAGGACUCACACGCGGGAGAAGACGUUCAAGUGUUCCUACUGUGCGGAGGUUUUUGGGCAGCAAGCUGGUCUGCGAAAGCACAAACAACUCAAUCAUUAG